AUCUGAAAGUAGAUUGAAAAAAAAAAAAAAGAAAGAGGGCGUCGUUCUGCUCUUCUCGAAAUUCUGUUGUAAACAUUCUUGUCCUGAAGGUGCUUUGCUUUCACUAUGGAGGCUAGAGCAGGAGCUGGAGCGGCAAUGGCUUCGGACGUGGAGAAGAAGCUAGGAAAGGAAGGGAAGAAUCUGUUGGGUCCGCCGAGUUUUGUGGAGCUCGAAAACGGUAGGCUCAAGUGUGUGGAGACGGGCCACGAGAUGCUACUCAAAGACAAGGAUUCCUAUUCUCAGUCCAAGCGGUGCCGUUUAGGUCUCGUCGACUUCGCUUUGUCCCACAAUAAGACCCCUCUUAACAUGUUCAAGCAAGACCCUCUCUCCCGUGCAAAGUUGAUAUGUAAGUUAACGGGUGAUUCGGUUAACAAGACUGAAGAGCACAUCUGGAAGCAUAUUAAUGGAAAACGGUUCCUCAACAAGCUAGAGCAAAAGGAAACCGGAAAACUUGAAUCAAAUGGAACAAAAGGAGAAGAAGAAGCAAAAACAAGUGCCAAUAGUGUAAAUAAGAAGAAUAAGAAAAUGAAGAAGAGAAAAGAGGUUGAAGAAAUUAUCUCUGAAGUGAGGGAGUCUUCAGAUAAGGAGAGUGAUUUGGAAGAAGCUGACUUUUGGAUGCCCCCUGUUGGAGAACGGUGGGACCAUGAUGAUGGUGGAGAUCGAUGGGGUUCAGGUGCAGAGUCAGGGGAGAAAAGUGAUGAAGAAAAUGAAACAGAUGGUGAAGUUGAAGAUGAUAUGAAGGAAUCUGAAGAGCUUUCUGCUCGAACAAAGAGAAUGUCCAUAGAAAUUGGACCAAGCAGCUUUGCCUCAAGGAAGAAGAAGAGUAGGAAGGACAAGUCUUGAUUUUCUUAUUUGAUAGAGUUUUCUGCGAGUUAUAAAUGGCAAAUCCUGAUUCCAGGUUGAUUCUAGUCCCAAAAAUGUUCAGAAAUUUAGGAUCAUAUAGAUAGCACCCAAAUUGUUUCCAUAGUGAUAGAUCAGUUCUUUAUGAGACAAAAAUUUUGUUUAUGAUGUUGUUUUCAUGUUUUCUACUGACAAAUCUUUAGGGCCAAAUUUUUUGUUUGCCGUUUGUUCCUUACAUUGUUGUUUUCAUUUGACAUUCCUAAUCAAAUUUCGCAUAUAUGUGCGUAAAUAUAUUUGUCUUAGCCUUA